GGGGUGAUAGACGCCAGCAAAAUUCAGAAAAAUCGAAUAGCUCCAAGGAGAUACGAAGCACAACAAUGGCAGAAGAGCAAAAGAAGCGAACAAUGGAAGCAUUAGAACGAAGAUUCGCUCAAGCAAAAGCUGAAAUUCAUCAUCAACAAAAUCACAAGCACCAAAAAAUUUCCGUUACCACAACUGGAAACAACACUAAAAGUUCUUCCCCUUCGCAGCUAAAAUCAACAGCUCCUUCAUCGUCCAAAAAAGGCUAUUUAUCUUUUUCUGGCCAUACAUCUGCUCAAGAUGUUGAACUGAAUAAUCCAGCAUACCUUCAGAUAUCCCAUUCAGUAGACAAUAAUCUUCUGAAAAUGACCACGGAGAGUUCUGGUAACAACACAACUGUUAACGAUAUUUUGCACGAUCUUCUCCAACAUGGUGAUUCAGCCCAGAAAUAUAUGCAGGGGUCAAAGAAUGUGAAAGUAGAUAACUGGAUUCUUCUUGAUAAUGUUGUGCAAAAAAGCAGCAUUGCUACUGGAGCUCGUAGUCGGCCUUUGCAGAGACAGUCAAAGAGAUCUAAAAGACGUAUGUCCAUAAAGCAGCAUAAGAAGUUCGGAUCAUUUGAUUUGCCGCAAGAGUUCCAUGACUAUGACAUCUUCAAGCCAAUGCAUGAUAAGUGGAAAGACUACGUAACAAAACUCCUGAAGAACAUUGGGAAAAAUCAGUUAUCACAAUGUAUUCUUAAUGCAGACUUGCAUGGUGCACUAAUUCUAGUUGUUCAGUGCAAAAUAGCAGGCUUAAUUGGUGUACGUGGCAUCAUGAUUCGUGAGACCGUAGAAACAUUUGGAAUAAUCACAGAAGAAAACAAAUUCAAAGUUGUACCGAAAAAGCUUUCGGUAUUUAUGCUACAAGUGGAUUGCUGGAAAGUUACAUUGCUUGGAGAUAAACUCAGUUCGAGAAACAUGACUACAUGAUAUUGUUAAGACGGAUAUUUAUUAUAUGGGUAAUUUCCUGGCAUUUCAGUAUCGUCUUUCAGAUUAAAUAGCUGUAUUAUUUCCUGGAGGAUCACUUUGCCUGGGUUUCGUUCUUUUAGCCAACGCUGAUCAAAAGAAAGACUACGUUGGAUUUAGAGUGGGAGAACAAAGGCGGCAUCUAAGGGGGCAAUAAGUUUUUGAAAUUUGAAUACUGUAUUAGAAUUGAAUUAUAUUUAGCCUAUCAGUUGCAAUUCAACAACAUACCCCGUGUAAUCCCCACUAGUGGUGUCUCAGGCGAGCAGUAUGUAUGCAACCUUACCCUACCAUGUGAAGGUAGAGAGGUUGUUUCCUAUAGACAAAAAUUCAUUUUCCAAAUUGGGAUAUUCCUUGGGUCAUUUAAGUUGUACAGUUUAACUUUUAUUUAGAAAGAGUUAUUUAUCA